GAACGCCACACGGUUUGUCGUUCGACAAAUAAAUUCGACCCUGAGAGUCUUCUCUCUGUAUACCAGCUGAGAUCAGCUGAUCGUUAGUGUAUACACUACUCCGGCAAACAUGAACGGUUAAUGAUCAACCCCCUUAGAGCAGUAGAGGUCCUGCCAUUUCGUCACACUCGCUUGCCGGCACACACGGAGUAGUUUCCGCGGGCAGUCAGAGGGGUUGGACCGACCAUGGUUGUCUGUACGGCUAUACUGGGGAUUCUAAGAUCCACGGGUGGGGUGGGGGGCGUGAGGAAGGUAGCGUCAAGAUGGCUUACAGUCACAUCUUACAGACCUUACAGCGUUGCAGUGCAAGUUGGCCACAACUCCAUAACGGAGAAGACCGUUUUACACAAGUACAUGAGUUUACCCCAACCUGACGACAAAGUCCAGGUGUCGUACGUGUGGAUAGACGGAACAGGAGAGGCGCUCAGGUACAAGACCAAGACGGUUAAUUUCGAGCCAAGCAGCCCCGAAGAACUGCCACAGUGGAGUUUUGACGGCUCGAGUACAGGCCAGGCGCAGGGCCACAACAGCGACAGAUAUCUCCAACCAAUCGCCAUGUUUAGAGAUCCUUUUAAACUGGGGAAAAACAAACUGGUGUUGUGUGACGUGUACGACCAGGAUAUGCAGCCGGCAGAGAGUAACAGAAGAAAGUCGUGUAUGGACGCGAUGAUUCCCGUGAUGCACCAGGAGCCAUGGUUCGGAAUGGAGCAGGAGUACACCUUACUGGAUGUGGACGGACAACCCUUCGGCUGGCCUAAACGGGGCUUCCCCGGCCCGCAAGGUCCGUACUACUGUGGUGUGGGUGCAGACCGUGUGUUCGGACGGGACAUAGAGGAGGCGCACUACCGGGCAUGUCUGUACGCAGGCAUAGAUAUCUCAGGGACCAACGCCGAAGUCAUGCCUUCACAGUGGGAGUACCAGGUCGGGCCGAGUGUCGGUGUGGCCCUGGGUGACCACAUGUGGAUGGCACGGUUCCUACUGGACCGGGUAGCGGAGGACUUCGGCGCCGUGGUCAGUCUCCACCCGAAACCCGUGUCUGGCGACUGGAACGGCGCGGGAGCUCACAUCAACUUCAGCACUAAGGCCAUGAGGGGAGACGGCGGCCUCAAAUUUAUAACAGAAGCCUGUGAGAAGCUGGCGGCUCGCCACAAACACCACAUCGGGAAAUACGGCAAGAACAACGAGCUGCGUCUGACCGGGCUGCACGAGACCUCCAGCAUGGACCGCUUCUCAUUCGGUGUGGCGGAUAGGAGCGCCAGUGUGCGGAUACCAAGAGCCGUGCAGGAUGCCGGGAAGGGCUACCUUGAGGACCGCAGACCGGGGUCCAACUGUGACCCAUAUGCCGUCAUAGAGGCGCUGGUCCGGACCUGUCUUCUGGACGAAGUGGACUAGGGUCGUAAGCCUGUCGUACUAUCCCCCUCACAUUAAGCGAAAAUCGAUCGGACGACGAGUCUGCGAGCUCUGAAUUACGAGGAGGUAUGACCCUGCUGCCGACGAAGAAAUGGCAGAGUUCC